GAGCCUGGACACGUCGGAGACUAGGACAGGACAGGUAGCAACAGGUGAGCAGAAACAGGGAGCCACAGAGAGGGAGAGAAGCCAGCGACUGUGUGGAGCCCCUGGGAAUACAGAUCCUGUGUGACAUGAUAGGGAAUUAGAGAAGCGAGGACCAUUUCAGCUUUCACCGCACUCCGAGGGGAAACUGCUCUGCUUACUGGGAUUAUUGCGCGCCUGUAACCUUGACGAAAAAGCACUAUAAUAUUCCUAUGACAGGGUCCUAAUGGUGGGGCUCAGUGGUGAGUUAACUGUGACUUUAUAGUACUUAAAGAUAUUCAUUUCACCGACUGAAGUAUCACUACUGCAUUCCUACAGGACGUGUACUUGGUGGGUUUAUAGUGAUUCUUAGGUAUAUUUUUGAUCUCCUACGGUAUCACUAUGCAAUAAUAUUUCUACAGGCCAAAUAGGCCUAUUGAUAUAUGGACUCCAAGUAUUUAUGUUGUAGGGAUCACUUGUGAGUUAUAGUAAACGUCAUUUUCUUUAUCAGUACACUAUUAUGUUUCCACAACAUCCCUAAAUUUGCAGUGACAGUUGUGUAGUAUAACUCCCAAAGUGACUAUAGGUGUAGUAUAGUUCUUUUUCAAAGGGGGCAGGCUGUAAUAAGACCUGAGCGGCAGUUGGAGGACUUGAGCGACAGUUUAUUCUAGUGCUGACAACAGAAAAGGCACCAUGAUCAACUCGGAGGGCCUGCGGCCGGCCACCAACGGCAGGAAGCCGCUGGGGAAGCUCGCCUCCCGGCUGGAGGAGGUGAAGAACCCGUGGCGGCAGGUCUCCACGCUGGAGCUGAGCCACAACGAGGCGGCCCGGCUGGCCACGGACGCGCUGCUGGAGCACGGAGAGAAGGAGUACCGCAAGGUGCUCAACGAGGAGAGGGAGCUCAACUUUCUCUCUCCGCUGGAGAUCCGCUACAUCACCCAGCAUGCGGCCAAGUCCUGCGGCUCGGAGGUGAACGGCAGCCCCAACGGCAACGACCGGGACAUCGAGGACGGAGACGCCGUGUCGGAGCUCACCUCCGGGACCUACUUCCCCAUGAUGAGCGACGAGGAGCCUCCUAUGCUAGAGCUGGGCUGGCCGGAGUCCCCGGCGAGAUACGGACCUUCAGAGACCCAGAUCUACUUCCAGAGAGACAAGUCUCACAACAUCAAAGACCUCAUCAGGUCCCUCAUAAACAAAGCCAAGAAGGUGAUAGCGCUGGUGAUGGACGUGUUCACAGACGUAGACCUGCUGUGCGAUCUGAUGGAGGCGUCCAACAAGCGCAGGGUCCCCGUCUACAUCCUGCUGGACGAGAAGAACCUCAGCUACUUCACCGACAUGUGCGCCGCCCUCGAUAUCCAGAACUCCCACUUAAGUAACAUGCGCAUUCGCAGUGUGUGUGGGGACACGUACUGCACCAAGAGCGGCAAGAAGUUCACCGGUCAGGUCCUGGAGAAGUUUAUGAUCAUCGACUGUGAAGAGGUCAUCGCCGGGUCAUACAGUUUCACCUGGUUGUCGGCUCAGGUGCACAGCAACAUGGUGAUGCAUUUCUCAGGUCGCAUCACCGACAGCUUCGACCGGGAGUUCCGCUGUCUGUACGCCGACUCUCAGAUCAUCGACUGUUUCUACAACCCAGAGGAGGAGGGCCUACCUUACUACCCAGCAUACCCUGCCAUGAUGGCACCCGGCAUUGGCAUGGGGUUCGGCACAGGACUGCCAGAUAUACUGUCUGACAGGCAAAGGGAGCGGGUGUGUUCUGAGAACUCCAGCAGCCAAUCAAGCAGUAGCAUGUCCAGUGUGAAGGCUGCACCUGGAAUGACCAAUGCAGUCUACAAGGUCACCCAAGCUCAUGACAAGAGGGAGCUGAACAACAACUGUCACAUCAGCCCUGAGAGGAGAGGUGGAGGUGGAGAAAGAGAGAGAGGACAAACACCCAUACUUCAGAAUCACACCUCACCUGGAGCCCGACUUAGUCCCAACGGAGGAACCAAUCACAGCCCAGUCCCAGAGCGCCCACCGGCAACAUUUGGCCAAACGAUUGGCAUUGAGUGGACCAAGUCCAACCCAGCAGACUUCCUGCGACCAAAUUUGGGUGGAACCACCUCCAAGUUCCAAGCGUUGGGAUUGUAUGACCACAAACCAAGUUUGUUCCACAGCACCAGCACCCCCAACUCAAACCUAAACCCCAAGCCACAGUCCCCCUCCCCCAUCAAUGACAACAAACUCACCCCGAAGCAGAAGACUUCCUCCACCCCGCUGCUCAACAAGUUCACAGACAUUUUCAUGCCCUCCUCCAAUAAAGACAAAGACGCCUACAUCUUCAGGAGAUCACCAUCCCCCCACAGCACCACAGCCUGGGGAGGACCGGACCUCUCUCAACCAGAGCCGGAGAGCCAGCAGAGCCCCCCGCCGCCUCCCACUCCCGGCCAGGUGAUAAACCGACAGGACCAGAAGCGGAUGACGCUGGGCCACAGCAAGCUAGACCUGGUCAACCAAUACAACAAGAUGAAAUCCAAGCAGGUGUACAGCCGCUUUGAGCUCAAGAGCAGCAAUUAAAAUGCCUUCCUCCCUUGUGGAUAAAUAUGGGCAAACUUAAUCAUUCAAACUCAAGAACAGCUUCUGAGGACUGGGUGACUCGGUGCUGCUAUUGUUUCUGUUAAUACUAUUAUUGAUACAUAUUGAUAUACCCAUGAACCACCACUGAGAAGUCCAAAUGGACGAUGGUUGGAUUUCAUAAAACCAAGUUUACCAUAUAUUUUUGCUUUGUCAGCUGACAUCCACUGCCAGCUGACCACCCUUGCCUCGCAGUUCCAGUGACACCUGCAUAAAUUCAUAAACUCAAGCCUCAUUACCACAGCGGCCAUUUUGAAAAGAAAUUACACUUGAGGAAGGACAUGCUACCCUCAAACUGGCAUUACUUCAGUACAUAAAUGAGGAUGUCAGACGGAUGUAACAGUUACAAAAUAAGCUAGCAAUCAUGGGAGCAACUAUAAGUUUUUCUCUGUCUUUUUUCUGUUCUUUCUUUCUUUCUUAGUUGCUUUUAUCUGUCCCGAUUAGCUAGAAUGAAGACAUUCUCAUAACUCUCCUGUGUUAUAGUGUAAAUCAGCAUGUGCCUUGAUCAUCCUGCCUUAAGGUUUAUGACCCUAUUUUAGUUCUCAAAGAAGCACGUUUGUCUGCAGUGACUAUUACCAUGUACAUUCAUAUUAUAAACAGCUGCCACUGCAGCGAACAAACCUUGUAGUAAGUAGUGACAGUACAGUAGCAGAAGCAGUGCUACCACAUUCUUACAGUCAUUGUAAUGGAGGCAGUGAAAUCUGGAAAAGCUACUGCUGGUCAUAGCUGAUGGUAUAAUUGUGCAUUUGCAUCCUUGCUUUUCCUCAAGGUUUUACCAGAGUUGAUGGCUUUUAAAUCAGCCUGUUUCUUUAUUAUAGAAGAUAGUUUCUUUUUAUUGUACAACAUUUAAAAAUAAGCAGUUUUGCAUUAAAUAGGUGUACAAAUUUGUAUAUACAUCCGUUGGCUCUCAGCACUGAAUAAAACAAUAAAUAUACACUACCCAAUAAAAACUGUAUUAUUUACUUGAUAUUAUUUGUAUUUGCAAAACAGCUGUAGUUCCCAUCACCUGAGUGGUGCAGCAUGCAUGUAAAAUAUUGCAUUUGCACAGUGUCUUCGAUGGCUUGGAAAAGUACCCACUUAACUUUUUCUACUGUGCAAAGAGCAAAAAAGACCAAAGACAAAAAAAAUCAGCAUAUUUUGAAAUAAUCUGGUAGUACACAAACACAUGAAAUAAGUCAAGUGGGGUGAACACUGUACAUACCUUUAAUCGAGUCCUCCAGUACAUGCUGGUACAAUAACAGUUGACAGUGAUCAACUAUUGUAAUAUACAUUUUUGUGCUUUUGUUUACCACUCUUUCCAGAAUGAAUUUGGUUUGCUGACUUUGUUAUCUUGUCAUCAGUUCUACUUGAUUUAGCAUUUGAUAAUGAAUGAAUAUUUUACAAAAACACUUGUUCAUUUGUGGACAUGAAGUCUCUACUGUGUCUGUCUGGGUAAUGGACGUGUAUAUAGUAUAUGCACCAACUGUCUCAAUGUCAGGAGUUUGGGUCAUUGUUUAAGACAUGCUUGGUUACUGAAUUGCUUAGUUUGUUUUAUUUGAUUUUUUUACAUGUUUUUAUUUUCUGUGGAUUGUGAGCUUUAACUACUGAGACAGUUUGAGAAAUUGUCAUUAUGUCCCAAAAACUAAAGAAUUACAACUCGUACUGCAUAGGUAACUUUUUUCUUUGACAGAGACGGGCAUAAUUGCCUUCACUGGAAAAUGCAUGUAUUGAUUUAGUUAAUCUGAAAGUGUUUUUGUUUUGUUUUUUUUUAUUCUCAAUUCUAAUUCUAAUCCAUUUUUUACUAUUGUUGCUGCAAUAUUUCUUAAAUAUGACAAAUGUUUAGUCUUACCAGGGUAAGAAAUUAACUCUUUUUUUUUUUUUCAUAAGGAAAUUUAUGACCAAUUAAUCUGAUUUUUAGGGGUAUUUUCAUCCUUUUCUCAAACCAUGAAAUUAUACAGUUGCAUUGCGAAUGAGCAAAUAAGCAAUUUGUACAACUAACAGUUGUUUUAUUUGAAAUCACACUGUACUGUAACACAGACAGGAUAAUAGUCACAGACACCUUGUACACCUUCAGGCUCAGCUGUAUUCUGCUAACAAACCACUCCAGGUUUAUUACCCAGAAUGCUCUUGAAAGGAUCACCUGGUCAUAUGCUCCCACCAAAAAAACAAACAGCACCCACAGUCAUGCAUGAAUACAUGACAGCUCAACAAAAAAUAAGAACAUCAUUUUUUGCCCUCUCAUUUGAAGUCCGUAGACAUUUUAUGAGUAUUGACGGCCAUUUUUGCCCCAGGCCCCUGUGACUUUCCGACCCUGAGUGUCCCUGCAGAAUGUGGAUCUUUCACAUCUUUUGCAAAAGCGGGACACAUCAGAGAAGUUUGGGACAAAGAGACAUCAUACAGUGAGAGGUGUUGUGGAACUUUGCGUUCUGUAUCUAUCCUGAUUAGUACGUCUUUAUUUUGGCCUCUUGUAGCACAAAACAGAGAUAUCUUUUGUGCCUUCUGGCUGCUGAAAAGAGAACAAAUUUUGAAUUUUCCAGAUGACUCCUCUCCACGAAAGAGCAAUAUUGCAGUAUACUGGUGUGAGCAAAGCACACAGUAAAAAGUGGGACUUUUAUGAUGACGCCAUCAGUGGCAUCAUACUGAAAAGAUACAACAGAUAGAUAUUCCUGUUUGUUUGUUUGAUCGAUGAAAGUGUAUGAGCUCGUGGUAACUGUUACAAGGGCUACUAUGGAUUGUUAACAGUGUUAUAAAACUUGACGUAAUGAUGCAAUAAAGAAGUUUCUCAUUGGGAAAA